AUGGCCCGUCGCAUCUUUGUCAUCGGAGCCACAGGUGCCCAAGGUCUCCCUGUCUGUCGCGGCCUCACCAAAGGUGGCGCAUACAGUCUUCGAGUCCUCACUCGCGAUGCCAAUUCCAAGCGGGCCCAAGAAUUAGCCAAACUAGGCGACGUUGAGUUUAUUGAGGGCUCAUUCGCCAACGAAGACAAUCUGCGAAAGGGCUAUGAAGGAUGCUGGGGCGGCUUCGUCAACAUUGAUGGCUUCAACACUGGUGAAAAGACAGAGACUUACUGGACUAUCCGCGCGUAUGAACUGGCAAUUGAGUCUGACAUUAAGUUCUUUGUUUUUGGAAACUUGGACUAUGGGUAUAAGAAGAGUGGCUAUGAUCCCAAGUUCCGCUGUGGCCAUUAUGAUGGUAAAGGUCGAAUGGCUGAAUGGAUGCUGAGCCAGAGACAGAGUCACAACAUGGGCACUGCGAUCUUCACUACGGGUCCGUAUAUGGAAAUGGCGGUCUCAGCACAGACCCCCAUGACUCCGCGCAUUGUUGAGGGAGUCGUCACUUGGGCUGUCCCUCUCGCCGACGGAGCGAUUCCCCAUGUCGCGCUCGAUGACUGCGAGCACUACGUCCGCUGGCUGUUCGAUAACCCUGAGAGAUCCAAUGGACUUGAUCUGGAGGUUGCUAUCGAUCACAUCAAUUACCGCGACCUCGCACAAGCGUUCCAAAAGGUCACUGGCAAACCUGCUCAGUUCAUCGACAUCCCGUUGGAGACAUACUUUGAGCACAUUCCGUGGGCGGCCACCGCUCCUGCUGGCUACAAUGCAGAUCUAAACGAUCCUGCUACGAUGUCAUUUAAGCAGAACUUCACUGGUUUCUGGAAUAUGUGGCGACACUCUGGUGGGAACAAGGGCGUUGUGAAGAGGGAUUAUAAGCUCUUGGAUGAGGUUCACCCGAACAGAAUCAAGACUGCGGAAGAGUUCUUUCGCCGAGAAGAGGAGAAGCGUAAGGCUCAGGGACUUCCUAGUAUCUUUGAGACUAUCGAGAGCGGGAACCUGGGUAUGAUCCUCAAGUUGAGUGAGGACGGUAGAAAGGGCAAGUUGUAG